GUCACGGGAAACGGGCAUCUAACGACUCCAGAGCCACCAGUUCCAAGCCGGUCCUCAUCAUAUACGACGAGGACCUAAUCGCUAGCACCACCAGGACUAUAUGUACCCCAAGUCCUCUCAACACAAAUGGCAAUGCUCAUUCAGUAGGAAACAUCCGGAAUCACCAAUCUGCAGCUUACCGACGUCUUUCGGUAACUCUCGCACGACUCACGGGACCAGGUCUAUCCACCAAACAACCAGACUUGUAUCAAAUGGUCAAACCGUUAUGACGCUAUCUCUGCCAGGCCAGCACGGUUCCAGGAAUACCGAUAUAUUUCGUUUACGCCGUCCAAUGGGUCCAACCACAAAGGCCACUUUUAGGAUCAGGAUGCAAACCUCAACAGCACCACAGUCAAGAUCGACAGGUCAAAGAUCAAGCAUGGAUCAGCCAAAUCAACCAAGCCAGGAAUUGGCAAUGAGAAGCUGUGGCCGAUAUCCACAACCAAAUCUCAAGCUCAAAGCAGCCAUGACGCAGGCUAGUUUCAAUAGCUACGAGUAUAUUCCCGAAGCGUCGGGGAGAAGGAGAGCCUCGGCUUUACAGAUGACCAGUAUAUGAGGGUCGUCUCCAAACUAAGAUAGUUUUGUCAAGCUCGGCUUCUUUCGAUAACACAGUUGUGGAAUCAUCAAGUUGCGACAUCCCA